AUGACCAAGUUGAUAUUGUUGACAGCUAGUGUUUGCUAUGUUAGUGUUAUUAAUACACUACUAAUAAAUGCUAUACCAAUUAAUAAUUCCAGCGAUGAAAAGCUAAUCUAUUUAUGCGGCGGUGAAAGUGAUGGUUCAGAUCAGUCAUAUUGCUAUCAUUAUAGCGCCCUGAGUCGGGAAUGGCAUACAAUACCCGAUAUGUCUACCUAUAGGGCAAACUUUGGAUUGGUUUCACUGAAUAAUAAAUUGUACGCUAUUAGCGGUACAACUAAUUGGUGGAAAAGGGAUACGGUUGAAGUGUAUGAUCCCAUAACUGAUUCAUGGCAUCAAUUGUCAAAUGUUAUAUUUACACGAGGAUCAUUUGGUACGGCAGUACUAAAUAAUGCUAUUUAUGUUUGCGGCGGAAAAAAUGGCGAAGAGUAUUUUGUUUGUGAAUCAUAUAUACCGGAAGCUAACAAAUGGACGGCUAGUACACCGUUGACAGUUAGACGCAGUGGUCUCGGACUGGUAGCUCUCGGCAACCAUUUGUACGCUAUCGGUGGCAACGGUUUGAAUUCAAUGGAAAGAUUUGAUUCGCAAUCCAAACAAUGGACACCAAUGGCGGCAAAUAUGUCGGCAAAAACAAGAUCAUGGUUUGGUUCGGCCGUAUUUAUGGACAAAAUUUAUGUGUGCGGCGGACACGAUGGCAGCGAUAGUAAAUCGUGUGAAUCGUAUGAUCCGAUUACUAACAAAUGGACAUCAAUUGCAUCAAUGCUAUCAAAACGUAUUGAUUUUCAAUUAGUUGCCCUGGAUAAUUUUCUAUAUGCUCUGGGUGGUUUUAUGGAUCACGAAAAUACUAAUACGGUUGAAGUAUACGACUAUAAACUAAAUCAAUGGCAAUACACACAAUCAUUACCGCAUAAUUGUUCAGCAUUUGCGGUAUAA